AUGUCCCAGCCCAAGGCCCAACCAGUGGCUGCAGUUAUCCAACAAAUUGAUUUUCCGGCACCGUCGACGACAGACAGAGAGAUGGUUGCGACUGGAAGCUGUAGAACCACCACUUUCUUCCUCCUCUCCGCCCCAAAACCACCGCCUCCGCCGCACAAAUUCUCCCCGUCACCAAAGCAUUUUCACCUCUGUUCUCACAGUCAAUUUCCUCUCUCCACAUCAGCCAACCCCAAAUUUUUACUUGAAAUGACUUUUGGAAAAUUCUCUCUCGGCAGUGAAAAUAAACAGAGACUUUCUGUUGUUGAAUGA